GAGUUUGCCCACCGGGAGUCUUCUCUCCUGAAAUAAAUGGGCUUAUCCUUCCUCAUUAGAAACUUGAAAAACAAAACACGUAUUUUUAAGAAGGGAAGGAGGUUUUAGGGCUGUGUUGUGAAUGCUUGGUCUGUGAUGACUCAUGCUCAGGAGUAAAACAGCUGUGGGAAGAAAUGAGUCCUUGUUGACUGAACCUUCAGGUGAAGAGAAUGCUUGUCUACCCAGUUCCUCCCAGUACGCCGGCUGUUUCCCAAAUGGCCCUUUCUCUGGGCUAAAGAUGUUUUUCUCUCUCCUCUUAGUCUCCAGCAUUGUCUUCCUUCCUAGGGGCUCUCAAGGACGGGGGGCUUGGAGUAGAUAUGGCCCUCAGACAAUCGCACGUGUUCAGCCAAAAGAACUGCCUUCUCUGUGUGAUCUCAUGGCUCAGGUUGCCAAUGAUGAGAUCACAGUUUGUCUGGGCCUGUGGAACUUUGGUCCGUAACCUCCCAUCAGUUCUACGCGGGGGGUCCGUCCAGUACUGGAGGCCUUAUAGGCCAGGGAUACCAGUGGAGACCCCUCUCUUUUCUCAUGUGACUAGUCAUCCCUGCUUCCCGCCAUGCAUUGUUCUGAUGGCAGCUCAAUCUUUCUACCCUGCGGCUUGCUCACACCCACCAUGUGCUGCUAUAUUUUCUCCUCAUUUAUUAAGUGCCUACUAUUUAAUGCGGUUCAGCACACUAAGUUUGCUGUUGGAAUUGUUGGAGAUACACAGACCAAAAAAAACAAACUUUAAAACAACCAUUUCUGCCUGCAAAGGUCUUACAUUAGUCCCCAGGGAUGGGUGAGAGGGAACAAAACGUCAAUAGAAAAGAAAAUACAAAGUAAGAAACUUCAGGUGUAAGUCAUUAGCUUAUGGAAUAUUUGUACUUUGGAAGUUGGCAAACCCUACAAAUCGAAGUGCAAUUUAUUAUUUUGUUGAUCAUCUCAGACUCAUGAAAGUGAUGGAGAAAAUGUUAAUAAUGCAAGUUGAGUUCUAAAAUGUGUUGUGUGUACAUGUCAGCCCCAGAUGGUUAAAACGUAACCAGGUUGAACCAAUCCUCCCAGUGAGGGGUUCGUGGUGUGGUGGUGAUCCUGCUUCCUGCAGGAAGUGGUACCUAAGUUAAGGCUUGAAGAAAGCUGAGAAUUCUAAAAUGUCGAGGAGAGAGAGUUUGCCCUCCAGAUGUGGGAGCUGUCUUAUACAGAGGCAUGAAGGCACAAGAUGGUUUGAAGAGUUUGGGGAACAGCAAAUGGGCCCCUUUGGCUGAAAUACUGAAUAUGUGAAUGCACAGAAUGUCAAAUAAGUCUGAAAGGAGAAGGGUGGUAAAGCCAGAUUAUGAGUAACUCGAAACACUCAGUAAGAGGAAGCCAAUGCACACUCUUGGCUAGAACAACGGCAGGCUGAGGAUGGUCCUUGUAAGAAUAUUUGGGCAAUUAUUGUUGGGCACAUAGAAGAGAGCUUCUGAGAUCCCUUUCCUGCCUCUGGGAAGCUGAGAUUCUGGGAGUGUCCAGAAGAUACAAGCUGGGUAAAAGGUCUAGAACACCCGAGGCUGGUUCGGGGACCUUGGCUGUCAUUGGGCUGCGGCACGGUCUCUCACUGGACCCUGAGAUGCAUAGUCUGAGGCCUGGUCCUCCUCCACCAUUCAGAAGAACAGCUCUGCAGAAAAGCACCAACUGGCCAGUGAUGUGGGCCUGCUAGUAAUCGCUGAUGGAAGCUGUGAUCCUCACUACCAUCAGGAGUGAUUUCUUGUGCUGGGCCCAGGGACACUGUAUGCGUCAGUAUGGUCCAUAUCAACUUCUUCAAAAAGAUUAUAUAUGGGCUCCUGGCCUUUGUCCUCUUCCUCACCAUCUGUGUGUGGAACGAAUCGAAGAAAGGGUACUCGGUGUCCCUGAAACUGGAAUCAAAAAACUUCCAGCUGCCCAGGAACCUGCAAGUCCUGGCUCGGAAGCUGGGGCCCAAGCCCGUGUACGUGGCCACGAUGGCGGACUCUCCAAGGGGGAGCAGCGUGCCCGGUGGUGCCAAGGACAGGCCUCAGACCGAGAGGUACAACAGCAAGGUCUGGGACGAAGACAGCUCCUCCAAGAACCUCCCUCCCCGCUUGCAGAAGGUCAGGAAGAACUAUCUGCACAUGAACAAAUAUAACGUGACCUUCAGAGGGGAGCGUCAGCCCAAGAAGCUCAGUGAGGCGGCCUUGCUGUGUCAGCUUGCCAGUCGAGUGAAAGUCUCCAUGAUCGAGGCCACAGACUUCCCCUUCAACAGCUCCGAGUGGGCAAGCUCUCUGCCCCAGAAGAACAUCCGGGCCGCCUUUGGGCGCCUGGGCACAUGCGCCGUGGUGUCAUCCGCCGGCUCCCUAAAGUCUUCCAGCUUGGGCAAAGAAAUAGAUAGUCAUGAUGCUGUCAUGAGAUUUAAUGGAGCACCUACAAGAAAAUUUGAGCAGGAUGUAGGACAGAAGACAACCUUUCGCCUGGUCAACUCUCAGUUGGUGACUUCGGCCAAGCACAACUUUCUCCAGGACAGUUUAUACAAAGAAGGAACUUUAAUUGUGUGGGAUCCCUCUCCAUACCACUCAGAGGUCCCGGAGUGGUACAAGAAACCUGACUACAAUUUCUUUCAAAACUACAAGCAGUACCGCAAAGAGAACCCCGAUCAGCCCUUCUACAUCCUCAACCCCAAGAUGCCGUGGGAGCUUUGGGACAUCCUCCAGGAGAAUUCCCCGGAGGACAUCCAACCAAACCCCCCGUCCUCAGGGAUGCUCGGCAUUGUGAUCAUGAUGAGCUUCUGUGACAAGGUGGACAUUUAUGAAUUUUUGCCCUCAAAGCGCAAAACGGACAUCUGUUACUACUACCAGCGCUUCUUUGACAGCGCUUGCACCAUGGGGGCCUACCACCCCCUGCUAUUCGAGAAGAACAUGGUGAAGCACCUCAAUCAAGGGGCAGAUGAGGACAUUUACCUGAGGGGGAAGGUGACGGUGGCCGGCUUCCGGAGCGCCCGCUGCUAGGCCCGGGCUGGCUCCCGCCGCUUCGCCUUCACCUGCCCCUCCUCCUGCUGACCGGAAGGCCCUUCCUGAAGGGCAUGAGCUGCCCGGAAGCCUUCCCUCCACUGCCGCCCUUCUGGGGAAGCCCUUUCCUUCCCUUGGAGUCCUGUCGCUUCUGCCACAUCCAGCGGCCACAGGGAAGCUGGAAGCCAGUCAGGUAGAGCAGGCAGAGUCGGAGAAGAUGCUUCGCCCCUCCUGCAGCCGAGCUGAGGGAUUGUGGGAGCCCAAGGGCCAGCACAUCUACAGAGAGCCCUGCUCCAGCAGGCCCCUGCCAAGCUCAGGUGCAAGGCCCGCUUUCCUGGCCAGCUGCGGCCCUUCCUUCUCUACCCAACCCAGACCCGCUCAGGUGCCUGGUUGGGACAGCCUGGGGCAGAUCCACAGUGUGGGGAUUCGCACUCUCCCCCAGCAGACAGUUACGGAGUCCUUGGGGGCUUGGUAAGGUUUAUUAGCUAAACAUUAAGCCAAGAAAGCAGCUUCUUUUUUGGUCUCAAAUUUGUUCCUUUAGGGAAGUAAGCAGGUAGCAGUAUAACUUCCCACGUCCCUUGAUGGGAUCAUCAAGCCCCCCUGAGGAGGCUGUCUCCCACUUUGGAAGCUGAUCUCGGGCGGGCCCGGGCUAUUCUGGGACCAGGAGCUCUGGUUCCCCUAAGCUGUUCUCUGAGGUUGGGUCCCAGCUCUGCCUCUUUCGGGUUGGGGGAUGUCGGGCAGAUCACGGCAUCUCCCUGAGCCUCAGUUUUCCCAUCUGUAAAAUGGGGAUAAUAAAGCUACCUACCUCACAGGGUUGUUGUGGGGCUCCAAGGAGAGAAAUGUCUGUAAAGUGCUUACUAACUGUAAACUGUUCUCUGAAUGUGAAUGGAUCUUGUUAAUGGUUUGUUUUCCUGUAUAGUGAUUGCCCAUGUUCUCUCUCAGGGCUCCCACUGGAGAGAAGCGAUAUGUAUUUUUAAACUUGCAGUGUUUGGCUGAUACGGAGUCACAGUUCUUAGAACAGGUCUAGUCUAGGUGUUUGUCCCUGAGGUCUGCUGAUUCCCAGUGGAUUUCAAGCAGUCCGUGCCCUUGGAUGAGACAGAAAUGGCACCGUUCUUGUCCCUGAGCUCUGCUUGAAAUCGUGCAUUUCCUUUGAUUAUGAAUAUAGGCAAUAAAAUAAGAUUCCGAGAAGGGAUCCACAAGUUUCAUCAGACUUUCUAAGGCGUCCAUGACACAGAAAAAGCGAAGAACCCGAGUGCGGGCCCAGCCCUCCCCUUACCCAGCAUUCCAAGGGCGCUCCAGAGAGUUUACACCAUUUUUCCAAGUUUCCGCAGGCAGGAAAUAGUGAAGUCGCAAUUUACUUCCUGGUCUUCUGAUGCAGAUCCGGCUUGUUUUCUAAGGUGGGGGAGUCUUCGUCCAGGCUCCCCCAUCUGUGAGAGGAGAGAGAGCAGGAGAUGGGGAUGGUGUGCGUGCAGACCAAGUCAGGCAAGGCCGGGGAUGAGUCAGGUACAAGAGAGCUCACCGAAGAGUCACUAAAUGGAAUUACAAGUAACAAAUGCUCCCAGAAAAGUUCCCAGUCAUGGAGAGUGGGGAGGCUGGAUUAUAUUUGAUUUCUAAGCUUCUGUUUCUAUAACUCAGCCUCCCAUCCUCUUUUUUUUUCCCUCUGAGGCAGUUGGGGUUAAGUGAUUCCCAAAGUCACAAAGCCUCCAGCUCAGAUAGGAUAUAAAUUUUCUUUAAAAAAAAAAAAAAUGAAAGAAAGAGAGAGAAAAAGAAAGAAAGAAAAAGAGAGAGAAAAAGAAAGAAAGAAAGAAAGAAAGAAAGAAAGAAAGAAAGAAAGAAAGAAAGAAAGAAAGAAAGAAAGAAAGAAAGAAAGAAAGAAAGAAAAGAAAAGAAAAGAAAAGAGACAUCCUCUGAACUUUGAGCAUUUCCUACUCUGUUCUCUGACCCAUUGGCAAAAUAGUUCUGAUACUUGAUUCUGAGAUACAAAAUGCAACAAAAUGAGAUUAUCAAGGUAUUCAGUGGGCGUACUGAGAUAGCAGCUGUGUGAUGGUCAGAAACCAAACUUCCAGACAGAUGUUCUAGUUAAUUUAAGGAAGCUUCCUGAAGGGGUAAUAUUUUGAAGUCUAUGUUUUUCCUCUAUAUGGUGAAAUAAGGUGAAAUAAGAUUGAAAUAUAAUUUCUGCACUGUUGGUCUCUUGAGAUAGCUAAUGAUGACUUUAAAAUUUCCAUGACUUGAUGCUGUGGGCAGGUCUUGUUGUUGAAUAGUUUUUUUGUUUUAAUUCCCAAAUUGAAAUCUGUCAUCCCACAGCAUUAUCUGUCUGAUCCUUUCAACUAAUUAUGUAAGCUUCUAGGGUGGCUUAGAGUUGCAAUAGCAGACUCAGAAACUUCUGGGUUCCAGAAUUCCUGAGAAAGCUGUGGAAAUUAACUGGGAAUAGCCAAAGAAAUUGUACAAAUUUUAAUAAAUUUUGUUUUGUAAAAGUUGA